AUGGAGGCAAUCAUACUCACUGGACAACUGACAAACUUUGGUAACAUAUACGGUUAUCUUUUUUAUCUAAUUCCAAUCCAAUAUACUUUACGGGCUUAUAAUCUCUACCGAUGGCUCGAUCGGCAUGCUAAAAUAAAAACCGCAGUAAAAAGAUUUCUUAAAUCUACUCUGGACUUCCUUCCAUUCAUCCUUACUGCUCAUCUAUUCGGAGCCUUGUGGUACUAUUUUGCUGUGGACCGAAAGAUAGUUUGUUGGAAGGAGCAUACUUGCGAUUUUGGUAUAUAUCUAUACGCUUUCCAAUCUAAUAUGACAAGCUCAAGAAAUCUUCCAGUGAAGAUGUUGCAAUGUAUUUGGUGGGGCCUGCGAAAUUUGAGUUCUUUUGGUUCAAACCUUCAGACCAGUUUCUUUAGGGACGAAAUCAUCUUUUCGAUUGUGAUCUCUAUAAGUGGCUUGGCACUAUUUUUAGUAUAUCUCAAUUCAAGGGUGCAGGGGUCGAAAAAAGUAUCAGAUCAUCUUAAAUUGCAACAGAAGAUUGAAACGAUAUAUGCAGACAUAAUAGAGAAAAUGCGUAAAAUGUGCUGCUUGGCUUCACUAAAGAAAGUGUCGUUGCUUGAAAGUACAGAUGACAAAGUGUUACAAGCAAUCUGCCAGUAUCUUAAGCCGGUGACUUAUGGUGAGGAUGUUUAUAUCAUUCGAGAGGGAGAACCACUCCGAAAGAUGCUUUUCAUCACUGGAGGCACUGCAUUGACCUACACACCUAUUAAGGGUGGAACAAAUGUGUGCAAGUGCCUUGAGAAAAGUGAUUUUUAUGGAGAAGAACUUCUAAAUUGGGCAUUCAAAUCUUGCGUAUUUUCUGAGUUACCUAUCUCCACUACAACUCUUAUGUCCCAAACAAAAGUUGAAGCAUUUUCAAUUAGGGCCAACAACUUGAAGUCAAUUGUCGCUCAAUUUUGGUUCGAUUAUCGGAUGGAGCUUCCUCGUUCUCAAUUGGAGCAUUUUGCAGCUUCUUACAUACAGGCAUUAUGGCGGCGGCGCUGUGCAAAGGCUAAGGUAGCAUGUUCUGAGGGAGCUUCCUCGUUCUCAAUUGGAGCAUUAUGCAACUUCUUCCAUGCAGGCAUUCUGACGCCCCAUCGUGCAAAGGCUAAGGGCCGAACUGGAUGGGACAAACUUACAUUAAAUUAG